AUGCUGUCCAUGUAUCCGCCGCCAGGCAUUCACUUCCGCAACCCUUUCGUCGACUCUUCGACCUCGACAUCUCAGACCUUCGACCACACACAUCACAAGUUCCCUCUGGACGUUCAAUCUCCUGCUGGCUCGGCCAAAGUCACGUUUCCUUCGACAAAACCCCUCACCCCGCCGCCGGACAUGAACAGUGUUGCUGCCCAGGUGCAGCCUCAGCACAGCAGCUACUAUGGAGAGAGAUCGACUGCCGCUCCCAUCAAGUACGAACACCGCAAGUACGACCAACCUACCUACGACUACAGCCAAAGUCAAAGCCAGAAUCAAGUACAACUUCCGAAACCUGAUAUCAGCGCUGCAAGACCACCCAGCCCUAUCUAUCAACCACACCCUGUACACUUUAUCGACCCUCCAAACCAGAAGCGGGACUCUCACCUGAGCGCGAUCGCUCCCUCGCUCCAGAUCCCACGUUCAGUGAACAACAGCCAGGGGAGCAUCGCUGAGCUGGCAGCACAGGUUAGUGAUUUCAUGUUACUCGGGCGUCUCAGCGCGCCGCUGACUAAGACUAGANUCACAUGUCUGUUCUGGUUCGAGAGCUCUAGCACAUUGGACCGGGCGGAUGACCCUGCAACGACGUACAACGCACAGUCACUGGUACCCGAGGCCAUUCCUACAACAGGCUUCCGCAAGUGGGUGACGACCAUCCUCUCCACGACGCAGGUGACACAGAAUGUCAUCAUCCUUGCUCUCUUGUUUGUCUACCGCCUGAAAAAGCUCAACCCGAGCGUCAAGGGAAGACCCGGCAGCGAGUAUCGUCUGCUCACUGUGGCACUCAUGCUUGGCAACAAGUUUCUGGACGAUAACACAUACACAAACAAGACAUGGGCCGAGGUGUCGGGCAUCUCGGUAGCCGAAGUGCACAUCAUGGAGGUCGAGUUCCUGAGCAACAUGAAGUACGCCCUGUUCACGUCGGCUGAGGAAUGGGGCCAGUGGCAGACCAGACUGGGCCGUUUUGCCAGCUUCUUUGACCGCGCUUCGAGACCCUUGCCUCAACUGCCACACACUCUCCCCUCGCCGCCCACCUCGAACCACGCCUCGCCCCCAUACUACGGUGCCACCAACCCUGUCACUCAAUCUUUCCCUCAAUACCCAUCCUCUCUCGGCCCGCUUCCCGAUCUGGCUUCACAAAUCUCGAGGAAGAGAAGUCUUGACAGCUACACUGAGCCUCCGGCCAAGCGAAUCACUCCGGUCUUUCCUCCACCGAUCCAAACACAGUCACACUAUGUUCCGAGAGUCACAUUGCCAAGCCUUGCUCUCCCGCAGCCUCAAUCACAGCCCUCCCAGCACUUACCAAUCCAGUUGCCCCAGCUGCCUCCUCUCAACUAUCCGCAGCGCUCCAUGAACAACGCGACCCAACCUCCGACUUCCUGGACUCCGGCAACUUCUAUCCCGGCUCCCAUCUCGCACGCCUCCACACCUAUCGGCAUAGCUUCUGUUCCUCAGUCUGUUGUUCAAUCAAGACAUCAGAGUCCUUUCCCCACCUCCGCCGCUGUUUCUCCUACAGAAGGUCAUUUUCAACCUGCAGGCCAGGCUCAUGUCUCUCAGUUGUCGCCAUCCUACUUCUUGGCUCAGCGUAACAGCCCCUACCGACCAGUCCGCCGUGUCUCGACCCUGCUCGUCCCACCUCCCACUCGCGCCAUGCAACAGCCUCAGAAUGUUCAGCGUGAGCAGAUGCAUUACCAGCCGCUAGGACGUCCUCAGGAGCGUCAACAGGGUCGUCUGCCUUAUAUCGAGCAACAGUGGUUCGAAGGGAAUCCCUCAUCCGCCAACCAGUGGUAUUCGCAAAAUCAGCAGCAGCAUCUUCCUCCAACCUCCUUCUACAACAGAGUCUAG